UCCUUCAACUGAGCCGGAAUAUUUUUCACAUCUUUUCCUGGUUUCAUUACCGCACGAUGAAAAUUCCCACUCUAGCAAUAUUAUUGUGCAGCCUUUUCUCAUCCGACGGCAUUAAUGUCCAGGACACUGCCGGGCAGUUCUUCAACAGUGGUCACACCAACAACUGGGUGGUUUUGGUGUGCACGUCCAGGUUCUGGUUCAACUACCGCCAUGUGGCCAACACUCUGUCCGUGUACAGGAGCGUCAAGCGUCUCGGCAUCCCUGAUAGCCACAUUGUGUUGAUGCUGGCAGACGACAUGGCUUGCAACCACAGGAACCCAAAGCCCGCCACCGUGUUCAGCCACAAGAACAUGGAGCUGAACGUGUACGGCGACGACGUGGAGGUGGACUACCGAGGCUACGAGGUGACUGUGGAGAAUUACCUGCGGGUUCUGACAGGGAGGCUUCCCCGCAGCACGCCGCGGUCCAAGCGUCUCCUCUCUGAUGACCGAAGUAACAUUCUCAUUUACCUGACGGGCCAUGGUGGCAAUGGCUUCCUGAAGUUCCAGGACUCUGAGGAGAUCAGCAAUGUGGAGCUGGCUGAUGCCUUUGAACAGAUGUGGCAAAAAAGAAGGUACAACGAGCUGCUUUUCAUCAUCGACACCUGUCAGGGAGCUUCCAUGUACGAAAGGUUCUACUCUCCAAACAUCAUAGCUAUAGCCAGCAGUCAAGUCGGAGAAGAUUCCUUGUCGCACCAGCCAGAUUCGGCCAUCGGUGUCCAUUUGAUGGACCGUUUCACCUUCUACCUGCUGGAAUUUCUGGAAGACAUCCACCCCGCCAGCAAAACUAAUAUGAACGACAUGUUCAAAGUAUGCCCCAAGAGCCAGUGCGUGUCCACUGUGGGCCACCGUACCGACCUGUUCCUGCGAGACCCGGGAAGCGUCCUCAUCACCGACUUCUUCGGCAGCGUCCGCAAGGUGGAGAUUACCACGGAAACCAUCAACUUGACUGAUCCUAUAACAUUGAUGGAAGACAAUUCUGACAACGGAGAGCUGCAAAAGGAGUCACUCUCAUACGUGGAUCAGCUGCCGGUGUCCGAGAUCAUCCAUCAAAAGCCCAAACAGAAAGACUGGCACCCUCCCGACGGCUUCAUCCUCGGCCUGUGGACGCUCAUCCUGCUGGUGUUUUUCAAGACGUACGGCAUGAAGCACCUCAAGCACAUCUUCUGAGCCAGCCGCCGUGAAUCGGACCGGGAGCCUUUAAUAAAGCCGUAUUGAAAGAGAACCGGGAAAGGCGUACACCAACAAAACUGUGAGGUGAAUGUAAUCUUAUUUGUUUUUGCACUGGGGGUAUUUGUCGAGGUUUUUGUAUUUAAAAUGUGAUGUAUUUAAGUUUUAAGAGGGGGGCUGCAUUCAAAAGAGCUGCAUCGGGCUCAGGUGUCUUUCCACAGUUAAGGCUGGAUUUAUAUUGCAGGUCGAAGUGGCCAAUUUCCAAUUUAGCAUCUACGCGCAUUAUCUGUAUGCAUAUUUUCUUUCGCAUUAAUCUAUUUGCAGGGAAUAACAGGGCCUGCUCAGUCAUACCACAAAUACUGUCAAACUGAGUAAGUACCGUAAUUCCCGGCCUACAGAGUGCACCUGGUUCUAAGCCUCAGCUAGUACAUUUGUAAAGGAAAUACCAUUUGGUACAUACAUACGCCGCAGCUGUGUAAAAGCCACAAGUGCCCACAUCGACACCGACACUGAAACACGAGAUAUUUACAAAGAAAGACGGUACAUAGAGAAUUUAACGCUAGCGCCGCUGCGCUAACAGGGCCAGUUUAAAAAAAAAAAAGAAACAUACUGGUAAAAAUAACUGAGAAAUGGCAGUAACACGCUUGCGCAGCGCUAAUGGGACCAGACCUGUAAAAGUCACUUCCUCGGCACAUAUAUUCCACCGGUUUCACUCUUACCUUUUCCCGCUCGAGUGCCCCCUUGCGGCCGUUAGAAAAAAUGCACAAAUUAGCUGCAUCACCGCAUAAACCGCAGGGUUGAAAGCGUGUGAAAAAAAGUGGCGUCUUAUAGGCCGGAAAUUACGGUACUCAAGUUGCCUGUUUUAUGGUCCAUAAAUAUAUGUCAGAGUACUGUAUGUGACAUGUCUACUAUGACAAGUCCAAUUUACAUUUUCAAUAUACGGAGUUUCCAUUCAAGAUUGCCCAAAAUAUGAUCCCAAAAUGGUCUACUAUAAUUUCACACUCAAAAUAAAUCUUAAAAAUAAAUGAUUUGAUCUUGCCCAGGCGUUUGCAUAUGCAUGUGCAUGCGCAGGAAGCUAAGACUGGAUAACUUCCCCUGACAACCCAGGCAAAACUUAGCUCCUCUGGCACAAAGAGUCAUGGAAAAAAAAUAUUAGACCACCCUUAUUUCCUCAGUUUGUAUUUAAUGUUAAUGCUCAAUUAUAGGUACAUUUGUCUGGACAAAUAUAACGAUUAAGGAAUCGGUGUUCGUUGUACUCUUCAGGUGCGAUACACCUUUAGUGGUUGCAGAUAUUAAAAUGAACAAGUGUCGUGUAAUAUUUUUCUCCAUCACUGUGCAAAGCUUCUCCCGUGUGGGGAUUACUGUAAUCCUUACCCAAUGUUCCUAUUUGCAAUUACCAAACACCUGCAACAAUUCGCAUGUUUACACAUCCAAAAUGUUAGCGUACGUAAACAACGUCGAACAGCUUUGAUCUUUCUGAACGUUUUAGGGCCCGAGUAGCAGUCGGAAUAGCUGAUAAUUAUCAUUCUGACAAAUUAAUCACCUUUUUGGGAGCCUCUGCAUCCCAGAGAACACACUAAUAAAUAAAUAAUGCAUAAUUGGCAUGACACAGAUGUGACAACGAUCUCAAGACAUAUUUGGCAACGUGUUACAAUGGAAUUCCAAGUUAACUUAACACGAGGGAAGAAGAAGCUGUUGGAAUGUCUGCUAGUUUUAGUUUGAAUUGUUCGAUAGCGUUGGCCUCGAUAGUGGCUACCUGAGGGAAGGACUUGGAAGAGCCGGUGACCAGGAUGUGGAGGGUCCAAGAGAAUUUCGCAUGGUUGGCUGAUUUCCGUUAGUGUGCAAGUUCUCAUGGGUGGGUUAGAUGUGCAGGACAAUUUUUUUUCUGGAGUUUUGAUUGUCUGUAGCAGUUGGAGUUUGUCCCUGUUUUGUGGCAGCAUCAAACCAGACUGUGAUGGAUGAACACAGGGUUGAUUCGAUGAUUGCUCUGUAGAACGGCCUCAACAGCUCCUGCGGCAGGCCGUUCUUCCCCAGAAGCCGAGGGAACUACAUCCUCUGCAGGGGCUUUUUGUGGGUCUCCCACUUCAGGUCCUGAGAGACCGUCAUUUCCAGGAAGUGGAAGGUCUCGACUGUUGACACGGGGGCUGUUGGACAUCUUGAGGGGUAGCUGUGAAAAAAGGAUGCAUUGUGAAAUCCGCAAUCAUCCCUACAGUCUCGGGCGUGUUCAACUCCAGGUUGUGUCGGCUGCACCACAUUUGCCGCCGCUGCAAGACACAAGCGUCCCCUCCCAACAAAUGUCUGGAUAUGAUAUAUUUCAUUCCUGACACAAUGGUUUGAAUUGGCCAUUUUUCCCCAUUUUCCACUGCCCUUCAAAACUUGUCCGAAAGAUUUAGUCCGAUUGCUCCGAUAAGUUUAACCGCGCACACUCGAGCAAUUGAAACGCAAAAUUGCAAACUGAUUUAUUUUGCGCUUCUGCACAUCGGCGGAGCGUGGCAGCGAAAUUUGAAGACUUGAAAGUUUAACACACUUGGGAGCAAAACUGGGAGUUAUGUGGCUGGAAACGUAGCGAAAUUCCAGCCCAAGUGUGCACACGAGCGAGUCCUUGAAUAAGAAUUUAAUCACUUUUAGCGGAUGUUCUGCUCAGCAUAUUUUGUCUAUUUUUGUGUCCAAACUGCUGGGCCAGCCAGAAAAGGGGAGAAAAAGCGGGACGGGGGCCCGUCUGAUUGCCGGCGACUGGCGCUGCUGAGAAAUGACUACGUUACGUCCCCGCCGUCUGCACGCAUUACACCCGCUGACCGUCACAUUGUAGCUCACAAUCCCACGUAAUACCGUCUCCUCUUUCCUAUUCACCAAAUUGCCCUCCCCGCAGAAACACCCAUUAACUUCCCAGUUGCGUGGCGCACCGACUGCCGGCUAUUUCUUCUGCGGCCGUUUCGCAGUCCGGCGAUGAGUUGAGCGAUAAGCCAGUAAGCCCCCGGUGGCCGUCGCAAAUGGAUCCUGUUUGAUGUAAUGGUCUUUCUUUCAUUCCCCCCCCCCCCCCCCCCACCCACUUUCAAUCCCGCCGUGACACUACAUCACCUCCUCAUUGCCGGGAGGACUGAUUGAUGUUUAAAGCGCACAGGCGCCUCCCCUCUCCGAAACCAGACAGCUGCUGCAUCAGCCACCCGGGUGCCUUUCUUCUUAUACAUUAUUAAUACCGCGCUUAUCUUUUCCUUCCUUUUUCCGUCCCAUCUUUUUUUAUUUCCUGCCAUCCAAUUCCCACAGCAUUCUCACCCUUUUUUUGGGGGGUGGGGAAGCAUGUUUUACCUCCUCUUUUUGGAGAGAUGCCGCUUCCCCAAUUAAAGAUGAAAUUGAAUAAAUUUGACAAUAAUGGGCUUUCCUGUAUAAUCUGAUCUCCUCCAAUCCUUUGACCUCUACGAGGGCCUCCCAUGAAGUGAUAAGCCGGUGUACAAUUUUUGCACGGCGAUCUUGUCAUUCACAUCUUCAUAAUGGGUCCCCUUGAAGACCCGUUGAUCUGGGUGCGAGGGGGGCAAAAAAAAGAUUGGCCCGGUUGGGUGAAUUGUGAGGUUGCUCCAGCUCGGUGAUUUCAGCAGGCAAAUUGUUCUAGUGAAGCAGCCACAUGUUGUCUCUUCUUCUCGCGGACUGUGAAUGACGUAACCGCCCCAGGAUCUUUUUGUUGAUCAUCUGGCCCAGAUUCAAACGGGGAAAAAGAAAAACUGUAAUUUUAGGUUUGAAAUUUAGCUUCUGUGACCCCAUUGCUGGAGGCUUUCAGACUCACUUUGUGCACGGUCCUGUGUGCCCAUUUUUUUAAAUCAAUGGUAGACAAAACAAAAGUCAAGCUUGACAGAUUUUUCCAUGGAAAGUGAAGUCGAAGCUUUUCAGGCCAGCUUUGUAAUGCCAAUCAUUUCCAAGGGUUGAAAUUGUCAUUUUAGAGGUUAUUUGGUAGUUCAUUCUCCUUCUUCGUGCUGUGUGACAUUCAAAGGAGCUUUUCUUUGUCUUGAGCCAAACUAAUCUUUGUCUUUUGCUUUUAAAGAUUCAUUUUCCUGCUUGUAUUGUUUGAAUGUUAUUAUUAGAGUUAUGAACUAACGAUAUUUUCAUCUAUAAUACAUUUAUAAGAUGUCACAUUUGAAGAAAUGCAUUUUUCAUCAAUACAAAAAAGUCCUUUAGGGAGUUUUUCCAUACACGCUGAGAUGUUUUUCCUAGAUAUAAAGUCACAAAAUUAGAAGUAUCCACCUUUUUAAAAAAAAAAAAAAAAAACAUUUUGAGAAUAUUAUACAAAAAAACAUAGGCAUCUGCUUCUCAAAAUAAUUUAUUUGGGCAUACCGUUAAAAAAGCACGUUAACAUUUUUUUUAAAUGUCUGCUUUUAAGUCAUGAAUUUUUGAGAUACGCUUUUCAUGAAUGCAAAAAAAGUUAAAACCUUCCACCUUUUAUUCAUCAAUUAAAAACUCACAAAAAUUUGUAUGUUUUUCAUAAUGACUAAAAAGCCCAUUAAUACCAAAGAUUUGGAGGUUAGAGUAUGCGGCAUUCUUCCAGCAUCAUUAUUGCAUAUUUUUUUUCUGUAUGAUCUCAUGACACUAAAGACUUCACUUCUGAUUUUUGCCUGCUAUGUUUUGUGUGUUACUUUGUAUAAAUGUGAAUAAUCUUUAUUAAUGAAAAAAAAAUAAACAUUUGAAAGUUUUUUUUUUCUGUGCUCUGAAACUUGCUCAUUUGCCUGGAAGUUUAUCCACCAACAAUAUUAAAGUAUUGUUUCAUUUAGACUGUUUUCCCCAACAAGCAACCUUGUUGUUAAGACAUCGCCACUGUCCUGUCCAUUUUUUUGUAACAUGUCACAGAAUUUAAUACCUUAUUAAUUUUGUAAAUUUUCGUAAAAUCAAUUUUUUACAGUGAUGUUACCUGAUCAGGAGGUUAUUUUCAAGUAUCACCUGUUGGGUAAGUUAAUGACGACAAUAGUGGGUUUUUUUUGUUUUUUUUUGGUUUGUUAAUACAUUAUCUGACUGUUCUGAACUCCUGUUUCGUAUUGAAUAAAGUAACGCUGCCGGAUCAGUGUCUUGAAUGCCAAACUCACUGAGGCGGUCCAUUAACUGUGCCUCUGCUGGUUGUAGGUAAGUAGUGCACUCCUAUUUACCUCCAUUGGUGAAGUACGAGAAUUACCCUUAUAUACCAAAUAAAUAUAGCACAUGGUCGACGUAAGUGGUCCGUUUGUAGCAGUGCACAGUAUUGGAAGACUAUGUAGUACAUCUUGUCUUUCAUUAGUUGGCCAAGAAGCGGGAUAUUGUCAUGUAAAAAUGAUUUGCUGUUCCUUUUGUUCAGGUCUUCAUUUCCAAUUGACCCCUCCAUACAGGGCACUUAACCACGCCUCCUGAAGUGACGUCACGCCACGUGCG